AUGUUGAUCUGGCACCUCUGUCGUGACGUUGUGCGUGGAUAUAUCGAGAAGAUGAUAAUCGGUAGCUUCGGCUCGGCCAUCUAUCGAAGCGUAGUCGACCGGCAAUUGUUGAAUGGGAGCAUUGUUGCUGCUCCAGUAACCGUAAACGGUUUCCAGCGGAUAUGCGAAGUUCAGAGUACAUCUCGAAUUGUUUUGUACGAAUUCUUCCGAAGUACCACUAUUGGAUAUUGCGCGCAGCUGACGCCGGUUUUACAGCGUCAAACGCAGCAGCUAGUUCACUGA